GUGACUCGGGGGGGCCUGCUCUCAUCCCAGACGUGCUCCAUGGUUCUUACGAAUGGGGACGACCUGCUUUGGACCUCAUCGUUGGGGUCACUUCUGGAGGCAAUGGCCUACGCGACGAUGAGAAGAUGGAGAGUGUCUACACACGUGUGAGCGAACUUCAAAGUUGGGUAUUGUCAGUGAUUGAG